UUCCUGUGGGCUCACAAUAAAAGGGCUAUCCCUUCCUCGCUUUCUCCCUCAUCUUCUCAUUUUUGUUUUCUACAAUUUGUUGCAACACAAAAACCUUUAUUCCACUCAUACUCCCCCUCUCUACUACCUAAAAGAAUUUGGGGCAUGUGCAGUAGUUCAAAAAGUAAACUUUCUUCCUCGAACCACGUCAUGGAGAGUGAGCUUCAGAAACAGAAUCAUGAUGGUCUCCAUAACUUCCCAGUUUUGCUUGAAUUGUCUGCAUCUGAUGAUUUUGAAGCUUUCAAAAGAGAAGUUGAUGAGAAAGGUUUGGAUGUCAACGAUGCUGGUUUUUGGUACGGUAGAAGAAUUGGAUCAAAGAAGAUGGGAUCAGAAAAGAGGACCCCCCUCAUGAUUGCUUCUUUGUUUGGAAGCACCAGGGUGCUCAAGUAUAUUAUUGAGACAGGAAGGGUUGAUGUGAACAGGGCCUGUGGUACUGAUAGGGCCACUGCUCUUCAUUGUGCUGUUGCUGGGGGCUCUGAUUCCUCACUUGAAAUUGUUAGGCUCUUGCUUGAUGCUGGAGCAGAUGCUGAUUGCCUUGAUGCUAGUGGAAAUAAUCCUGUUAAUCUGAUUGCUCCUUCCUUUAAUCUUUUGUCCAAAUCACGAAGGAAGGCCAUGGAGUUGUUUCUCAAAGGCGGCGAAAGAGAUCACCAGGAGAUGGAGCAACAGAUGUUCUCAGUUCCUUUCUCAUCAAAAGAAGGUAUUGAGAAAAAAGAAAAAGAAGGAAGUGAUAAGAAAGAAUAUCCUGUUGAUAUAUCGUUGCCUGACAUAAACAACGGUAUAUAUGGAACAGACGAGUUUAGGAUGUACAGUUUCAAGGUGAAGCCAUGCUCAAGGGCUUACUCUCACGACUGGACUGAGUGUCCAUUUGUUCAUCCAGGGGAGAAUGCAAGGAGGAGAGACCCACGGAAAUACCCUUAUAGCUGUGUUCCUUGCCCCGAGUUUCGCAAAGGGACAUGCCAGAAGGGGGAUUCCUGUGAGUAUGCACAUGGUGUUUUUGAGUCCUGGCUACACCCUGCACAAUACAGAACAAGGCUUUGCAAAGAUGAGACUGGCUGCAAUAGAAAAGUCUGCUUCUUUGCUCACAAACCCGAGGAGUUACGCCCUGUGUAUGCUUCCACUGGGUCAGCUAUGCCUUCACCAAAAUCUUAUUCAGCAAGUGGACUUGACAUGACGGCAAUGAGUCCAUUGGCUCUCAGUUCCUCAUCUAUGCCUAUGCCAACUGUUUCAACACCGCCCAUGUCUCCCUUGGCAGCUUCUUCAUCUCCCAAGAAUGGAAACUUGUGGCAGAACAAAAUAAACCUCACUCCACCAUCUUUGCAGCUCCCUGGUAGCCGGCUGAAGGCUGCGUUGAGUGCCAGGGAUUUUGAUCUGGAGAUGGAACUGCUUGGUCUAGAAAGUCCUGCGCGUCAACACCAACAACAGCAGCAGCAGCAGCAACAACAACAACAACUGAUAGAAGAGAUUGCCAGGAUCUCUUCCCCAUCAUUCCGGAGCAAGGAAUUCAAUAGGAUUGGUGAUUUGAAUCCAACUAACCUUGAUGACCUGUUAGCAUCUGCUGACCCUUCUGUAUUAGCUCAAUUACAUGGACUUUCUGUGCAACCUUCGACCCCUACACAGUUGCAAUCGAUGCGCCAAAACAUGAACCACCUCAGAGCAAGUUAUCCAUCCAACAUUCCUUCCUCUCCAGUGAGAAAACCCUCAGGAUUUGGGUUUGACUCAUCAGCUGCUGUGGCAGCUGCAGUGAUGAAUUCCAGGUCUGCUGCAUUUGCAAAGCGAAGCCAAAGUUUUAUUGAUCGUGGAGCUACAAAUCACCACCACCUUGGUCUGUCUUCACCUUCCAACCCUACUUGUAGGGUGUCCUCUGCCCUUUCAGAUUGGAGUUCCCCCUCUGGGAAACUGGAUUGGGGCGUAAAUGGAGACGAGCUGAACAAGCUGAGGAAAUCUGCUUCUUUUGGGUUCAGAAAUAAUGGGGUUAACCCAAAUGCACCCUCCUUUGCACAUUCAGAACAUGUUGAGCCUGAUGUCUCUUGGGUUCAUUCAUUGGUUAAAGAUGUUCCCUCUGAGAGUUCUGAGAUGCAACAUUAUGAUCUCAGUAAAGAGAUGCUUCCACCCUGGGUGGAGCAGCUGUAUAUAGAGCAGGAGCAGAUGGUAGCUUGAGUAAGUGCUGCUGCCAUGGCAAUGCUUCUUGGUUAUUCUGACUAAGUUUAUUAUUUUAUUUAUUUUAUUUAUUUAUUCGAACUUUUACUACCGUCCAACAUUACAUAGAGUAUAGUUUAGGGGUAGGACGAGAGAUGUUGCAAAGAACGAAGUUCAUUUUAAUCCAGAGAUUUGAACGGAGUUCCAACUUCUAGAUCACAGAGACUUGGAGAAACGUUUGAUGAAGCAAGAAUGCUGAAUUCUUUUGUUGUAUUAUAUAAUUUAUUCCCACCUUUCUCUAGUGGAUGGUUGUUGUAUUUUCUUUAUUAAGUGGACAAAGUAUUUGUCAUUGAUUAAGCAGCACAAUUUUUUUUUAAUAUAU